UAGCUUCCUUCCAGGGCCUGGGAUCCAUGGCCAGUAUUCUAUGUUGGCAUGUGCUUUGCAGACACAUUGCUGUAUUUCUGCACCUCGUGAUGUGACACUGGAACAGCGCAGGCAAAGCAGCUUUUUAAACAAAUUGACAGCUGACGAACUCUGGAAAGGAGUUUUGGCAGAGACUACGAGUGGAAGGAAAGGAAGAGGGAAGAGGACCAAGAAAAAGCUGAAAAGGGAUCUUAACAGAGGCCAGACAAUUGGCGAAGGACGUUCAGGUUUCCUUUGGCCUGGCCUCAAUGCUCCUGUGCUAAAAGGUGGAACAAUCCAGACAAUUGGACGGCGAGGUGAAGAAGAGCGGGAGAAGAUGCAGUUGGAAAUCAUCCGUCAGCGGGAUGAGUGGGCGAAGAGGAAAAAAACGAAGGUGAAGAAGGAGAGGGGAUGGACUGGACGUUCCUGGGGAGGUGUCAGCCUAGGGCCUCCUGACCCGGGUCCUAAUGGAGAAACAUAUGAAGACUUUGACUCCAGAGUGAUUGAGAUGAAGAAUGUAUUUAAUAUGACAGCAAAGGAAGGAAGAAAAAAAUCUGUUAGUGCCCUGGUGGCUGUGGGAAAUGGAAAAGGAGCUGCUGGUUUCGCAGUGGGAAAAGCAACUGACAGGAUGGCUGCAUUACGAAAAGCAAAGAACAAAGCAAUUCACUAUUUACACUAUAUUGAAAGAUAUGAAGACCACACAAUCUAUCACGAUAUUGCAGUUUCGUUUAAAAAAACAACCAUCCGGAUGAAAAAGAAAAACAAGGGACAUGGACUUCACUGUCACCGAGCUAUCAUUACUAUGUGCAAACUGAUUGGGAUUAAAGACAUGUAUGCCAAACUUUAUGGAUCUAAUAAUCUAUUGAAUCUCACCAAAGCGCUCUUCAAGGGAUUAUCAAGACAGGAAACUCACCAAGCCCUAGCCAAUAAGAAAAGCCUCUAUGUGGUAGAAUUUCGUGAGGAAUGUGGCCCCCUGCCCAUCGUGAUCGCUGCACCCCAAGGGGUCCCCAGGGAAGACCCUGAGCCUGAGGAUGAAGUUCCUGAUGUGAAGCUGGAGUGGAACGAAGUGAAGGCAGCCCAAGGAAUGAAGAAGUCUCCCUGGGCAAACGCCAGAAGACCAGUGUUGUAGAUGCACAAAACUUAAGGGAUGUCUAACCAUCCCCACAUUUCAUGGAAACGUCUACCCUUCACAAAAUGAACGCUUGGCAAAUCUUCCAGCCGAGUAGUCCCUGUGACAGUUUGUAGGCACUGUAACAUGGAGCCUCAGAAUGACAUAACCAUCUCUCUGCAUUUAAUGCAUCUCUGUUGAAUGUAAGUGGCCGAUGUGCUAGGAAGUGCAGGGGAAGUGUUUUGUGUCAGAAAUGCAUCCACUCUGCUGAUCCCAUCCGGUGGGAAAAAGGAGUCUGUAUUUGGCAGUCUUUUCCACAAGUACAGCAUAGCAGAAAUAAAUAUGUCAUCAAAUGCCGUCCUGCCCAGUUUUCUCCAUUAAGUGUUUUCAACCACUGCUUGUGAUCUCCCAGAAAGGGAUAUUUUGGUUCACUGAGUUCAGGUACCAACUGAGCAAUAAUGAAAUAUUGUAACUGGCUGGGCAAUUAUGUUGUUGAUGUGGGAGGGAGAAAAAUACAAUUAGAAGAGUGAGCAGUAGAUUCCCACAAGACAGCACAGAAUGUGACUUACGAGUUAUGUCCCACCAUCCUUUGCAACACCCCCUGGGAUCAUGAAUUACAACUCUGCUCGCCCAAGCAAUGUGUGAUCCAAGAGGUGUGGCAAAAGGUGAUCUGAGCUACACUUCUCAAGCAGUGCACUUGCAUAUGCUUCCCUUAGCCACAUCCUAAUAAGCUUUUAUAUUGCAGUGUCCCUGGCCAGGGUGGUUAGACUAGGACUGAGCAGGCUGGAGUCCAAAUCCCCAUUCUUGUGAGUCUGGUCA